UACUCUCGGACAUUACCGAUAAAAGAGGACAGUCGCCCAGCAGUAAGCAUUAGUGUACAGUGAGAGUGGACAUUCCUAACGUUUUUCUCGUUGACCACUGAGAGCAUUAGGGCUCCUUCUAUCCACUACAAAGGCUCAGGAUUUACCGGUUUCCUUCUAUUAGUCCAGCCAUGACUACAACGCUGAUAUUAACCCUUGCAACAAUUCUGACCGUUACCUCGAAUCAAGAAUUUGAUGAAGCUUACUACAAACCUUUGGAAACUGGUUAUUCCUAUGGUUAUAUUGGGACAUCUCCAACAGAACACUUCCCCACCGUAUCAAGUCUACAGGAAUGUGCCUUCUAUGCUCUAAACAGCCAAUCAGAAUUCUUUACUUACAACAAAGUCAGCCGUGUUUGUAAGAAUUACUCACCGAAAGAUAUAAUGGAAGCCGUCAGCACGAGUGACACCAACGAGAUUUCCUACUACAGAAGAAGAGAAUGGAUUAAAACUUAUGCCAUAUCAAUGGGAGCAAAUUCGUUGAUCUAUAAUUCCUUCCUCAAUAUAGGAAGUCCUUCAACUUGGAAUGUGGACAAAUGCAGUGGUAUCUAUUGUCCGAAUUUCUUCCGGCAUCCAAUACUUGAUAUCUGGAACCAUCUUCCAAUUGAGCAGAUACUCUGUUGA